UUAACAUUUCUUUGAGGACAUACUUGUUUAACCUAAUUUCUUAUCAGAUAAUUGUGCUCAAGCAUUUGAUUUGUCAAAUAAUCGUACAAAGAUUUGCCAUUACUAAUUGCAUGUUGUUUUCAACUUCGAUGACAAUGUUUUCCUCGGUGCGGUUAAUAGGUGUGUUGAUGUGUUUGAUGAUUAAAAGUGCCGUCUGUGAUUAUUCAUGUCUAUGCUCAUACCAAGUUGAAUUGGAAAUAUUUGAGAAGCCGGACCCAACCUCGAACGUUGAUGGGUAUAUGUAUGAGUUUGACUGUAAACCAGCGUAUCGAGUAGAUGGACUGGACCCAACUUACAGGGCUAUUGGAAAUGAAGGGAAGCUUGGAUAUAUUCUGAUGACUUCAAACAUUCAGAUACAAACGUGUCAAGGAAGCAUUCCAGAUUUAGACAGGGUGAAAACAACAAGCACUGUUCCUCCUGCAACGACGACGAUGCAACCGACAACAACAACAACUUUACCAACAACAACAACGACUUUGCCAACAACGAAAACAACGCCUUUACCAACCAUGAAAAUAACGACGUUGCCACCGACUACAGUCAAAGUGACUACAAUUCUACCAACAUCAUUAAAAACAACAAAAAUAACGAUGCCACCAACAGUAAGCACAACCACCAAGGCUACAACACCUGUACAAACAACUCAACCAACGACGAAAAUGACUUCAGCAAGUCCGGCUAACAACUGUCCUUUGGAAGUAAAGAACAGAAGCAAGCCACAGUAUUUAUUCCAGUAUGGCAAUAUUUGCUAUGAAUAUGUUCCUUUAAGUGGCAGUUGGAAACAUGCGCAGAAUCACUGUAACACUACAGGAGGGCACCUAGUUUCUAUCGAAAAUGAGAACCAACAAACAUUUGUGUCAAACAUGCUAUUACAAAUACCAGUUACAGGCCCUGUCUGGCUUGGGUUACAUGACAGAGUCAAUGAGGAACAGUGGCAGUUGGACACAGGUAUACCUGCUAUUUACACGAACUGGGAACCAGGAAGGUAUAUCGACCAGUAUCAUGACGAUGAAGACUGUGGGCUGUUGAUACCCAAACAUAAAAACCGGUGGGAUGAUGUGGAUUGUAAUGGGAUUACGCAUGGCGGUGUAGUCAGCUACCCUUGGAUAUGUCAAUACAUGUAAGCCUUGAAUAAUGUCUGAAAGAGUCGGAACAAUAAGUCGUCACAAUUUCUAUGUAUAAUUUUUGACGCAAAUAAAUAGUCACAAAAAAGA